ACAAUACACAAUCAUAACUUGACAGCGCAGCAGGAAGUAAGCAGUGUGUGGCCGUGAUGUAAACGUCUGAAGGAACUAUGAUUUUAUGAACGAAUUAUCCUUGUUUUUGCUUUCUUUAUGGCGACACGAGGCUAAACGGUAGUUGAAAGAUCCAGGCAGUGCUAUUCCCCAGGGGCAUGCUGAUAGCGCACGAUUCUGAGGGGAUGCUUGUAAACAGAAUUAAAGUCUGCGGACAGUGCCUUCUGACAACCGGGCCUUCAUCAGACACAAGGUCGUCAUGACAACCACCUGGUAUGCAUUCCUCCUGGUGCUCCUGUCCCAGCUCAUCGGCAACCUGCAGGCCGGGUGGCAUACCGGUACUGCCCCGCCCGCCGGACAGUCCUGGCAGUACUGCGUUGUUGGCGCCGGCCCGGGCGGUCUUCAGAUGGGCUUCUUCCUUGAUCGGGCAGGGCGGGACUACGUGAUCCUAGAGCGCGCCAACACCAGCGGGGUCUUCUUUGAAACCUACCCGCGACACCGGAAACUGAUCAGCAUCAAUAAGAGACACACGGGCAAGACCAACAAGGAGUUCAACUUGAGACACGAUUGGAACUCGUUGCUGAGUGACGACGAAAGCUUGCAGAUGACACAUUAUUCCAAGGACUUCUUCCCACACGCCGACACGUACGUUAAGUAUCUCAAGGACUAUGCCCAGAAACUCAAGCUCAACAUCAAGUACAACACCAACGUGCAAAAUAUCAGCCGCUCGUCCAGAAAUGGGCCCUUCACGUUUCUGGACCAACACGGCCACAGUUACAAAUGCAGAGUCAUGAUUCUAAGCAGUGGCGUGUCCUUACCCAACGAUGCCCACUUUGAAGGCAUCCAGCACACAGAGGGCUACCGUACUGUCUCUUUAGAUCCUGAGGACUUUGAAGGGAAGAGCGUUCUCAUCCUCGGGAGGGGCAACUCGGCGUUUGAGACGGCCGACCACAUCCUGGGCUCGACCAAUGUCAUUCACAUGGUUGCUAAGUCCCGUCUGCGAAUGGCCUGGGAGACGCAUUAUGUUGGUGAUUUGAGAGCGGUCAACAAUGGCCUCCUGGACACGUACCAGCUGAAGUCGCUAGAUGGCAUCCUAGAGGGCAACAUUGAGGACAUGGCCAUCCUGAAGCGCCCCGACGGCCGUCUGAUCCUGGUGGACCGGUACGAGCUUGAGGAGGUCUUACAAGAGAACGUGACGGACUCAAUGAUCAACAGUCACGUAACCCGCAACAUGCCCGACAACUUUGCGCUAAGGGAGCCCUAUGACAAGGUCAUACGCUGCAUGGGCUUCAAGUUCGACAACGACAUUUUUAACAAUGAUUCAAAACCAGAGAUGGGACAGAGGAAACUCAGCAAGUACCCCCAGAUGCUAGCCAGCUACGAGUCCACGGAUGUGCCGGACCUGUUCUUUGCCGGGGCAAUAUCCCACGCUGUGGAUUACCGCAAGUCAGCUGGGGGGUUCAUCCAUGGAUUCAGAUACACCGCUCGUGCCUUAUUCCGAAUUCUCGAAGUUCGUUACCAGUCCGUGCCCUGGCCCUCGGUCCGAUUACCCAUCACAGAACUCGUCAACCACAUCAUCAAGAGAAUCAACGAAGCCUCAGGAACCUAUCAGAUGUUUAGCGUCCUCGCAGAUGUCAUUAUCUUACAUGGUGAUGGUAUGGAGUGUGAGUACAUUGAGGAGUUUCCAGUCAAGUUACUGCCUGAGUUGUCCUCCAUUACUGGCAGGAAUGCCAGCCGAGUCAUUGUGGUCUCCAUGGAGUACGGCAAAGAUUUCUCAGGACCUGGCAAGGACAUUUUUGGGCCGAUGCGAGCCACCGCCCUGCCAGUGUUAGCCCAUCUCUCCAACUUCCUUCACCCAGUGCUCUAUUACUACAGUGCCUUACCUACAGAAAGAGAUAUGUCCGCCCUAGACCCCAAGGAAGUCCUUCCAUCCCCAGAUCGCCUUCAUCACAUCGUGGAAGACUUCUUGACGGACUGGACCGCACCAGUCAGUCACAUCUUGGUCUUGCGUCGCUUCCUGGAGUCCUGCAUAGGCAGUGACCUGCGCUACUACUUUGACGCUUCCUGCUUCCAACUUGCCAUGACCCACACCGCCGUCCCCAUUCAGUGCCAGAAGCACUACCUGCAAGGUCAGGGGUUAAAGGGCACCGACCUCCACUGGCAACAUGUGCAAGAGAUGCAGAACAUCCUCGGGAGCGUUGCCAUGGAGGCAGCAUCAGAAGGAGGCAGCUCCGUCUGGAGGCAGAGAUGAAGUGUGACAACGUGGACUUACCAAAAGAGACUUUUAAAGGCGUUCAAUGGAGGGUAUAUUCCAGAGGCUUAGAUUGCGAGAUAUUGCAUAUCUUGCGGUGGGAGCCCCUGAUGUCCAUUUCCCAUUCUAAAAUGGAAACAAAAAUAGUAACUGGAACCCCAGAAAAAGCACAUCCAAGUCUUUCUACAAUUUUGAUUCCAUUCCAUCUGACAAAAAAACUGCUAAUCAGGAAAUUUUAACUUACGAAAUAAACACGCCAAGAAAAUGAACAAAAUCAGCUGACGCCAACAGGACCGGUUCGGCUUGGUAGGAAUCAGUAAUGUCGCAUUUUGAGAUAAUUUUCCCUUAAAUGUGGUUUUCACGAGCCUUACAUUUAAGCUGUGACUUUUGAUUGUGCACACCAAUUGAUAAUUUAUUUUUUUCCACUCUGAAUGGUAGGUCAUAACAUUUUGGUUUGCUGGGGUUUGAUGGGAUUUCUGGGUGUGGGGCCGAAUCACAUUUUUUGUUGGAUAGUUUGGGUUUGAUUGGUUUUCCCUGGGUUUACUGGGUAUGAGGCACAAUCACAAUUUUGUUGGAAGGAGGUGGUCAUAAGACAAACUUUUGGGGAUUUAAAAAUUAUGCCUUUUUCCUCUUUUCCCAUUCCACAUAUUCUUGCCUAAUGCAAAAUAUGUAGUAUCAAAUAAAAGGAAUUUUCCCUUAAAUAGUUAAAGCUUGAAUAUUUAUAGCAACGUGCGCCUGUUUCCCAAACACAGAACAUACUGCAUAGGAUGGGACAGUCCAUUAUUAAAACAGGGUUAUAUUGAGUCCAGCUUAUGGUGAUCACAUGUUCAAAUGUUGAAUAUUUCCUAUACAGCAUGGAACAUGGUGAGAAAUGCCUCUAUUUUAUCGAAGGUUAUUAUGCUGAAUUUUUAAAAUAAAUUAUCAGUUUAAAGUUUCUCUGUUUAUGAAAUUGCACUUGUGGAGGGAAUUAAUGUUUAUUUUGCUUUGCUUUAAAGUUUGUAUUAUUAUCAUUUAUGGGUGUUUUUUCCACAGUCUGUAUAUAGGCUUCUGAUCAUGUUUUGAUUUAUUUUCCAUUAAAGCACUGUCAACCAUUCAUUAUGCUAAAAAUAUGUAUUUUUUUAAAGAUAAAAGCACUUUUAAAUGUGACCAAGCAUGGACUCGGUGAACAAACAGUAGUUUGUACUUUGUGGCUACA